AUGACUGCGGCCGCCGCCUCCAACUGGGGGCUGAUCACCAACAUAGUGAACAGCAUCGUGGGCGUUAGUGUCCUCACCAUGCCCUUCUGCUUCAAACAGUGUGGCAUUGUCCUGGGGGCACUGCUCCUGGUUUUCUGCUCCUGGAUGACGCAUCAGUCCUGCAUGUUCCUGGUGAAGGCCGCCAGCCUGAGCAAGAGAAGGACCUACGCCGGCCUGGCAUUCCACGCCUACGGAAAAGCAGGGAAGACGUUGGUGGAGACCAGCAUGAUCGGGCUCAUGCUGGGCACCUGCAUGGCUUUCUACGUGGUCAUCGGGGACUUGGGCUCCAACUUCUUUGCUCGGCUGUUUGGGUUUCAGGUGACCAGCCACUUCCGCGUCUUCCUGCUGGUGGUGGUGUCCCUGUGCAUUGUGCUGCCACUCAGCCUCCAGAGGAACAUGAUGGCCUCCAUCCAGUCCUUCAGCGCCAUGGCCCUCAUCUUCUACAGUGUCUUCAUGUGCGUGAUUGUGCUGUCCUCGCUCAAGCACGGCCUCUUUGGCGGGCAGUGGCUGCGGCGGGUCAGCUACGUGCGCUGGGAGGGCAUCUUCCGCUGUAUUCCCAUCUUCGGCAUGUCCUUCGCCUGCCAGUCCCAGGUCCUGCCCACCUAUGACAGCCUGGACGAGCCCUCAGUGAAGACAAUGAGCUCCAUCUUUGCCUCCUCUCUCAACGUGGUUACCACCUUCUACAUCACGGUGGGGUUUUUCGGUUACGUCAGCUUCACCGAGGCCAUCGCGGGCAAUGUGCUCAUGCACUUCUCCUCCAACCUGGUGACGGAGGUCUUGCGUGUGGGCUUCCUGAUGUCUGUGGCCGUCGGCUUCCCCAUGAUGAUCCUGCCCUGCAGGCAGGCCCUCAACACCCUGCUCUUUGAGCAGCAGCAGAAAGAUGGCACCUUUGCCGCCGGAGGGUACAUGCCUCCUCUACGCUUCAAGGCGCUCACCCUGGCGGUGGUGUUCGGAACCAUGGUCGGUGGGAUCCUGAUCCCUAAUGUGGAGACCGUGCUCGGCCUCACGGGAGCAACCACGGGAAGCCUCAUCUGCUUCGUGUGCCCGGCCCUCAUCUACAGGAAGGUCCACAAGAGCGGCCUCUCGGCCCAGGUGGUGCUCUGGGUCGGCCUGGGGGUCCUGGUCAUCAGCACACACACCACGCUGUCUGUGCGUGAGGAGGCCCCUGUGGGUCUGGCAGAGGACGCCCACGGCGGCAGGCUCGCGGAGGCCGAGAGCGGCAGGAAGGCGGAGGUGCCCCGGCUGUCAGCCCAGAACCCGGUCAUGGAGGUGGCCGAGGAUGCCCGCGACAAGCCAAAGCUGCCCAGCGUGAAGGACGAGGUGGAGCAGGCCCAGAUCAAGGGCCCUGUGGAGGUGCCCCUGAGAGGAGACGCCAAGGAGAAGGCCGAGGAGGUGCAGCUGGACCGUCCCGGCCAAGGAGUUGCCGUGCCCCUGGGGGAGGCCCACCGUCAUGAGCCCCCCGUCCCACAAGACAAGGUGAUGGUCGAUGAGGGCCAAGACCAGGAAGGACCAGAGGACAAACGUGGGUCCGAACAUGCGGGUGGGGAAGCUCCAGAGGGGGGGGAGUCUGAGGGGCACCCCGUGCUGGACUCGGAGCCCAAGCAGGGGGAUGGGCUGCAGGAAGUCGCUGGCCCUCCUGAGGGACUCCAGAAGGUUCCAGAGGCCAAGGGCCGGCCGGCUGCCCAGCCUGCCAGUGAGCAUCUGGGGCACGGUGACAGAGACGGCCCUCCAGGGCCCCAGGCAGUGCUCAUGGAGGAGAAGGCAGAGAUGGGAGGAAAGGAGAAGGCAGGCCACGUCCCACCUGUCGAGGAGCGAGAGAAGCCUGCGGCCCAACAGAGCGGCCCUGGUGGGAAGGCUGCCCUCCCGGCACUGAGACCUGACCCCCCGGAGGGGCUGCUGGCGGAGCUGCGGGAGCAGAGACACGCAGAGGGGCCGCCCGAGGACAACGGUGGCAGCAAGCUAGAGGCUUGCCACGCCGUCACUAGGUCGGGAGUCCCCGUCUCUGCUCGCCCUGCGGCAGGGGUGUCAGUACUCAGCCCUGCUGUCUCAAGCAGCCAGGUGUCAGUCAGCAGGGCCCGCGGCCCCAGGCCUCGCCUCGUGAGGCAGCCCACGUCUCAGCCCCCACAGCGCUCCUGCCCUUGUGCUCUGCCUAUGGCCCUGGCCCAGCGGCAGAGCGCUAUUGUCAGGGUGGGGGGCCAGGUGACGGCGCCUAGGGCUGGGGCCUGGUUACCUCCUCCCUUUCCUUGGUCGCCACGGUUUACGUCCCGCUCCCCGCCUGGCCUGCGGCGUGUGGCCGAGCACCGCUGCACCGAGAUUAAAAAGAUGGUGGCAGACGCGGGCCGGGCCGAGCUGCUGGACCACGCGGUGCUGCUGCAGGUGAUCCAGGAGCAGCAGGCGCAGCAGAAGCGGCUGUUGGAGCAGCAGGAGAAGCUGCUGGCGGUGAUCGAGGAGCAGCACAAGGAGAUCCACCAACAGCGGCAGGACGGCGAGGAGGAGCGGCCCCGAGCCGGGGACACGCAGGCCGAGGCGGGGCUGGUGGCGCCCGGUGAUAAGGAGAGAGAGGCCUUUGCUGGGGAUCAGGGCCAGGACCCGCCCGCCCAGCCCAAGGCACCUGCGCCCGGAGACCGCCCGGCAACCCCCAAAGAGCAUGGCCCGUGGGCGGCGGAGGGGCCCCAGGGGGUCGCCAUCAGAGGCGCAGCCGGCCCUCCCGGUGGCAGCUCGGAUGCGAAGCCCGGGGCAGCGCAGGCUAAGGCGGGGGAAGGCCGGCAGGGUGUCCCGCGGGAACAGGAACCGCCGCCUGGCGGCCUGGAGGCUCCUGCAGCGCACGCCCCCGUGGGGUCGCCCCAGCCCCCCGGACAAGGUCGGGGAGGCCCUGAGGGAGGCGCUCGAGGAGUGAAGAAAUCUGGUAAAGAACCCGCCGCCGGCGCUGACGUUGGGAAGGGGGCCCCCGCGCUUGGGGUGGGGGCGAGGGUAGAGGCCCGGCAGGUGAGCCGAGACGUGGGGCCCGCGGCGGAGCUGGCACCCCGGCCCCAGGGAGGAGCGGCCCCGCCGGCCCUGGCCGCGUCGGAACGCCGGGGCGCCUCUGACGGGGGUCGAGGCCAGCCGCCCGGCCAGGCCCACCUCCCAGAGGCCGGGAAGGAGGCGCUCGGAGGGGACACCGCGAGGCAGGCGGCAGAGCCAGAGCCGGGGCCCCAAGUGGCUGACCCCGACGACCCCAAGCGGGACAACGCCAAGCCCAACCGAGAUCUGAAGGUGCAGGGCGGCGCCGACCUGCGGCGGCGGCGCCGGGGUCUGGCCCCCGAGCCGGGGCAGGACGGCGUUCUCGGGCCCCCUCCCCUGCUGGGGUUCGGGGCCGAUGGCCUGCGCGGGCCCCUGCAGGCCCAGCUCCAGCAGGCGGCGCAGGUGGUGCGGAGCCGGCAGAUGAAGCAGGUGCCGGCGCCCCCUGCGGACGCGGCCUGA